AUGCACGCUACUUUCUUCCUCGCUUCUACACUCGCGGCCCUGGCCGCCGCCACCGCCAGCAGCACCACCAUCAGCUAUCUCGGUGCCUCAAUCACCAGCGACGUCGAUCUUUCCAAGUACACCAGCGUCGUAGGCUCGGUCGUUGCCGCUGACGAGUCUGCCACUACAUACGACAUCCGCUGCCAAGACGGCGUAGACAUCACCCUUUGCGCCAUUAGCAGCGCGACCCCCUGGAGACUCAUUCAGGGUCCCGCGACUUAUAGCUUCUCGGCCAAUGAGAAGAUCAGCACCGACGGUGGUGUUGCCGAUAUGUAUGCUACUGUCGGUUGCUCGUUCACCCACUCCUCUGAGUCCGUCUCCUGCGCCGGGAGUGUCUCCUACGAUCUCUCCAUCGAUGGCUACUCCACUGCUUCCAGCACCAACGUUGCUAGCGCCACUAUCGAUGCCGAUCAGGUUAGCUACCAUGUUCUGACCGUUACUGGUGGUCUUGAUAUUCUGAAGUCCGCGGCUACGGCGACGGCUACUUCUGUUUCCUCCAAGGAUGCUGCGCAGGCUCAGGUCACUGCUGCCCCUCUGUUCGCUGCCCUUGCUGCCGCUGCCGCUGCCGCCAUGAUUUAA